AUACACAUAUAUAUGUAUGCCACAUAUCAUUGCAAUUUCUGUACAUUUAAAUUCUUGGCAUUGAAUUCGAACCAGUCAAAGAAUGAGCUGGACGACGAAACAGAACAAGGUGUUCGAGGAUGCCCUGGCGACGUUUGACAAGGAAAGGCCCGACUGCUGGCAGAAUCUUGCCCGGGCUGUCGGUGGCAAGACCGUGGAUGAAGUUAAGUGCCACUAUCAGAAACUUGUCCAAGAUAUCGACCACAUCGAGGCCGGGAAGAUCCCAUUGCCGGCCUAUGGAUCAUUUUCCGACUACAAGAAGAUGACAGAUGAUCAGGAACAAAGGCUCAAGUCUUUGAAGAUUUAAUAAAACAACCUUAUAUGAUCGAUCAUACAUAUAAUAUGGCCAUUACUUAUUAACACAAUGUACAUAAUUACAUAUCAUCAGUAAAAGGUGACAUCAAAUUUCAAAUUAGGGCCCAUU